UAGUAUGUUGAAUAUUAUGUAGCCAAAGAGCAGCACUCUGAACUCUGCCCCUGUGACUUCCUAGGGUUCCUCCUCUCACGAAUAUAAGGGCGAGUGGAGGAGUUAGGGAGCAGGGAGCCCAGCAGCAUCCUCAAGCCAAGCUCUGCCUACCCACCAAGAAGAUGCACAUACCCAUAGCUACCCUCUCCUUCCUCCUUCUUGCUGCUACCCUUGGAUUCCAGGCCUGGGUCACAGGUGAAUCAAAGCUAGAAGAAUUCCUGGAGGCAAGGCAUCAGCAUGGACCAACAAUUAUUCAUCAAGGUAUUAGCCGCCCUUCUGACUGCUGCUUCUCCUAUACUUCACGGAGAAUACGAUGUUCAAUCAUUAAAGAUUAUUUCUUAACAAGCAAUGGAUGUCCCCAGCCAGGUAUCAUUGUCAUUACCAAGAGAGGGCAACGUGUCUGUGUCAACCCCCGUGACCCAAGAAUUCAGACUUGCCUUGGAAUGCUGAAUGUGACCACGAGGACUGUGAACCUACGUGUUCAUGAAAGAGAAGAAUCAUAAGUUUUCAUUCAUCCCACUUCCAGCUCUCUCACCUUAACGACCUUCUGGAAGUUUCUUGGCCUCUACUGUUAUUUUUUUAAAUGUUUAUUCUUCUGUUCUGGUUUAAAGUUAUGCACCUAAUAAACAGUCUGUGUGCAUUCA